CUAGCAUACCCUAAUUUAUUUUCGUGUUGGAAUUGAUUCGACGUGGGAUCUUAAUUAGGUCAACACUCGGCAGCAGACUGAGCGCGAUCCGUCCAGAUCCAGGAGGAAAGACGGAACUAUUCAACAAAUGUGUCGGGUUGUGAAGCACGAAGGAUGGGGUAGAUUGUACGGUGGAUUGGCCCCUUCGCUCGUCGGCACGGCGGCGUCUCAGGGUGUUUAUUACUAUUUCUACCAAAUAUUUAGGAAUAGGGCGGAAACCACUGCUCUUGAUCGUUGGAAGAAAGGGGUUGGAGAUGGGUCGGUUGGGAUGUUCCAGUCACUUGUAGUUGCGGCUUUAUCUGGAUGUGUGAAUGUGCUACUGACAAACCCGAUAUGGGUAGUAGUUACACGUAUGCAGACUCACAAGAAGAGCAAACAAAUUCCACCUAGACAACCUUUGUUGUCAGAUAAAGCAAUCCUAACUGCUGGAAUUGAGCCUCCACCUUAUGGAACUGUCGAUGUGGUUCAAGAACUCUAUGAUGAAGCUGGAAUUUGGGGUUUCUGGAAGGGUGUGAUCCCCACACUUAUAAUGGUUAGCAAUCCUUCUAUCCAAUUCAUGUUGUACGAAACUCUCUUAAAGAAACUGAAGAAAAGACGUUCCUCAAAUGCGAAGGGAGCUGAUGGAUUUACUGCUUUUGAGAUUUUUCUUCUCGGAGCUGUUGCGAAACUAGGAGCUACUCUUGUGACAUAUCCACUUCUUGUUGUCAAGGCUAGGCUUCAGGCAAAACAAGGAGUUGAUGUCGAUAAGAGGCACCAAUAUAAAGGAACGUGUGAUGCAAUCGCGAAGAUGAUUCGAUAUGAAGGCUUCCCCGGAUUUUACAAAGGAAUGGGCACAAAGAUAGUGCAGAGCGUCUUUGCAGCGGCAGUUUUGUUCAUGAUUAAAGAGGAGCUUGUUAAGGCGACUCGGUUGCUGGUGACUGGAGACCUCAAACUGGAAAACAUCUCCAAAGUGAAGCCACCUUAAUGACGUAUGGUUUUUGGACGGUGUUGUCGUGGUAAUGAUUGUAGUCCAUUCUUCAAUGAUGUUGUACGAUUAGAAAUGCAUACUACGAUUGUACUCCUCACCAAGGUGAGGGAAAUAAAGAAAGUUCUGAUUUUCCUUACGACGUAAACCAAUACAUCAUUUUAAUAGAUUCUUUGUGGUAA